CCUAUAAUUAUGGGAAUGAUACCCAUACCAUUAUGGAAAUGGUUCCCAUAAUAUAUAGAACCAUCCCUAUAAUAGUAUAGGUACCAUUCCUAUACCAUUAUGGGAACCAUUCCCAUGAUAAAUAGGAAUACUUCCCAUCAUUUUCUUUGCGUGUAAGACCUAAAUCAUUCAUAUAUUAUGCAUGUCAAAGAUUGAAGUGAGAAUAAAAUUACAGCCGGACCUCGUUAUAAGACUAUCAUUCUGUCUUUUUUAUAAACCAGGUAUCGCAAUAGUUUGGGAGAGAAACUAAUAGUCUUAUAACGAGGUCCUACUUAAUACCACUUAAAAAUAAAAAUAGAAAUCUAGAAUUCAUUAGAUAUGAAAAAACAAAAAUUUUUAAUAUUCUAAAUAUACUAAUAAGUUAUUAUUGUUGUCAUUUAUGUUAAAUUGUCAUAUAAUAACUAUUUAUACAAGGGAUUAAAAUGCAAUGAUGUGGAGUUUGAUACAUAUGACAAACGCAAGUAGACCAAAAUUUUCACGUGGAAAUAGAAGCGCAGGCGUAUGUACCCCCUGUGCGCCGCAGGACGAUAAUAUAUAAAGGGUGCGACUGUCAGUAUAAGCUCAGUCAGACACUUACUACUGAAUCGUAACAAUUAUUCAUUCAACUUAAAUGAAUUGAUUCAUAUCAAUAACAUUAUCGUAAUUGAUAAAAACAAGUAAAAAUAAUAUAAUAGUAGUGCUUGAAAUAAACAAAGUAAAAUCAGUGUAAUUAUUCAAAUAAAUUUUUUGAACACUGAAAAAUUAUAAUAAGAGUGUAAUUAAAUCUCUAAUUAUAUUAUUAAAUAUACAAUUAAAUUUUGAGUAAAUAAAAAUUGUUUAUCGUCAAUUAAUUCCAAUAAUGGAAAGAAAAUUAAGAAUUAAAAAUUCAUCUUCACACCACCAACGUCGGUCUGAAUUCAUUGAUGAUGAGUGUAGCACCGACAGUGGUUGUAGCAGUGGUGGAAGUACAGGAAGUGCCGAACACCUAUCACGGCGUCAAGUCAAUGACCCAAGAUCAACAUUUCACCAUCGUUGUUAUAUUAAUCAUGUUCAUUAUAAUAAUGAACCCUCAACAACAAGAUCACAAGAACGUUUAACGAGGUCACAUAUAAACUCUAAUCAACGAGGACGUACUUCUAAAUCAUCAAGAUCAUGGAGUCCAAAUAAUUCGAGACAACAUACUGAAAAAUCACCAACUCGAUCAUCCAGUCCAUCAGAUGCUCAUAGUACAGACAGUGAUUCACUCAAAAGCACGCCUAAAACAGACGUUUUCCGACGUGCUUUACAGUAUCUUACACUAGUUAAAUUGGAAAAUAAUAGUAAGGAAAAAAAACUUACAAAAAAAAGCCCAAAGAAAAUUUUGAGAAAACCUGUUUCAUAUACCUACGUCAAAGGAUUAUCCGGCUUACCAACGCAACGAGUGCCUAGAACUUCAACACCAGAACAUUCUUCAGGUUGCUCUUGCUGAAUUAAUAUUUAUUGCCUUCGUUAGAAAUUUUUGUCUCUGGUAAAUAACAAAUAUCAUUAUUUAUUUAAAUUAAAUUAAACUAUUUAUU